AUGUUGUUGUUAAGUGUAAUCCUAGUAAAAUGGAACGAGCCUUAUCAGAAGCUAGCGUCAUGCGACAGCAGCGGGGUGAUCUUCGUGUGGAUCAAAUACGAAGGCCGCUGGAGCAUUGAGCUAAUAAACGACCGGAGUACACCGGUCACGCACUUCUCAUGGUCCCAUGAUGGACGAAUGGCGCUUAUUUGUUAUCAGGAUGGUUUCGUAUUAGUCGGUUCAGUGGCUGGUCAGCGGUACUGGUCGUCCAUGUUGUCGCUAGAUGCUCGUAUUACUUGUGGGUGCUGGACGCCAGACGACAACCAGGUAUACCUCGGUACUGCAUCUGCGCAAUUGGUUGUCAUGGAUGUACAUGGAGCCAUGGUGUCACAAGUUCAACUAGUUGCAGAAGGAGGUAUCACAUCGAUGGCGUGGUCGUGCGAAAAGUUCAAAAUGGAGGAAGGCGAAGAGGGAGGAGAAAAUAACGGCGGUCACGUCUUAGCUGUUGCACUAGGAAAUGGCGAGAUUGUAUUAUUGAGAGGGCAUGAUGACGUCAGUCCUGUGAGGGUUAAGACCGGGCUGAGAGGUACCACACUUGCCAUGGAGUGGGCUAACUCCAGGGAAUUAUUAGCGGUGGCUGGAACUUUGUUACCUGAACCAGACGAGCCGCCUGAUUCGCCUCCGUACAAAAAUGUAGUUAAGUUUUAUUCGGACACUGGAGCUCUUAUCUACACCGUUUUCAUACCAUACACACAGGCUCGAGUGACGGCCCUGACAUGGGGUCAUGCAGCACGUCGUCUCUUCGUUGGGGUAGGCGGAGCUGUGUGCACCGCGCGUGUGUGGCGUGUUGUUGCUCCAUUGCAGUUAUUAGCUCGGGUCCGAGCCGCCCAAGCCCUGAGAGACCCCAGACUGGCUUCGAGACUACCGCUACCGCCGAGACUACAACCCGCGCUAGCUAAUCUCUUCGCUCAUACUAUACGGUGCAACGUGCCAGAAACCAACGAGCUUCGUCGCUUCGUUUCACGGCCUCCUGUCGCCGGUGGUCGUUUGCAUUGCACAAUGCUACGUCAUGAUGAUGAAGAGGCUGGUGCUUACACACUUUACCUUGAACAUCUCGGAGGACUCGUCCCUCUGCUGAAAGGACGUAGAACAAGCAAGAUACGGCCCGAAUUUGUUAUAUUUGAUCCACAAGCUGAAGUGGAGCAAGUGACAAGUUCAAUAGUGGUCCGAGCGAGCAGCAGCAGCAGCAGUGGCGCGGGAAGCUCUUCGAGCGGCGGCGGUACUUCACCCCGCACGCCCCGCACUCGUCCCGCGCGCACUCCGCCCGACUACAUACACCCACACACAUCGUCCUCCGACACUGAGCGGGAGGAAGGUUGUUCUGGAUCACCGAGACUGCAGAGACGUAGACGAGCCAGGGAGAGACGAAAGGUACGAAGCACUACAGAAAAGGACGAACCGCCUGACGAACUUGCUUAUAUAGACUCCUUACCUGAGGACGUCCGCUUAGUAGAAGUUACAUCUAAUAUAUGGGGCACUAAAUUUAAAAUGCAUGGUUUAGCUAAAAAUGUACCCGCUAAUUUAGGACAAGUGACUUAUAAGACCUCCUUGCUACAUUUGCAACCAAGACAGAUGACCCUUACGAUAACAGAGCUUCGGGAUGACUACCCUGUAGGUCCUGAUCCGAAUUUCAACCCUAACAUAUUUUCUGAAGACGAGGAAGAAGUAUUCCAAACCAAUGAUAUCAAUAAUUCUCCGUCUCACACUAAUAAUAAUAUACGUAGGAAGUUAACUCUAAAUGAAAGAAUGAAUAACACAAACAAUACUCUAAAUCAAAAUGAAAAUUUCACAACUAAUAAUAACAAUUCUAAUGGACCGUCCCUGGCGAGAGCUGAGUCAUAUGAUGAAUUUCCUUUCAUUGAUACGAAUGACACUGUAAAUAACGUCACAGAAAGUGUAUAUUCAACACCACUAAGACAUCCAGCCCAACCUACUGAAAGAAGGGUCAAUAAUCCCGCUGGAGUACCUAACCGUCACGCGAUAUCACCCCUGAGGUGUGAAAGUUCAGUUCCUACCUUACAGUCCCCUAAAAAUGCUGUCGCGCCCACGGACAUUAUUUUCGAAAGGCCUUCUCCACAAACGGUCACAUGUGGAGGAGGCCGUGGCGAUUUCUGUGGAGGUAGAACUGACUAUAGUGUUAGAGGCGAUAACAUGUCACUUAAAGGAAACUUAUCUAACAUAGAACAACAAUCCUUUAACUUGAACUUAAGUCUUGAGCCGAGUAGGCAGGUUACCAUUAAAAAGUGCGACAACCAUAUUACUGAUAAUUGCCUUUCGAAACUACGUAAAAAUAUUUGUAGUAGAGGCGAAUCUGCUUCGUAUGAUAUGAACACUAGGAUUCUUAAAUCGCUCUGCAACAAAAGUUACGAGCACGAGGUGCAUCCUGAUGCUUUCAGCAAAAGAGGUGAUGCACUGAAACAUCUUCAGAAAGCUGAGGAUUUGAAGUACAUAGACGAGGAGACUCCAGUAGAUACGAUUAUUAACAAUCUUACUGAAAAGGGUCGAGAAGUAAAGGUACAACGGACAACGACUGUCGUACCCAUCAGCCCCGUCUGUGCCACCAUACCUGUGUAUGAUACGAUGACGCGGAGUUGCAGCGUUGGAUACUUAGACCUCGUCGAUCCUCAGGUGUUGCACGCUCAGGUUAGCCUCGCGGCUUUGCGCGGCGAACCACCCCGUAGGCUGGUACUCGUUAAUAAUAAACGUCAUAAAAGACAGAAGCGACACGUUCGAACCGAUAUUAAACAGACUGAAACCGCAAAAACACCCUGUUUGAGAAGGUGUGGUAAGUCCAGGAGUUUAGAUUCUAGUGAGAUGUCGCUGACGGUGGAUAGAAGUAAGAGGCAGACGCGGACGGAAACGACCACACCGAAAACUGAUACAACUUCAGCGAAUUCCAGUAGUAGGUGUAACAGUGGGGAGGAAAACAGUGGUACUAGCACCGAAGAAAACACGCGAAGAUCGCGGCGCGACUAUCCAGUGUGUACGUUGUGUCGCCUGGUGUCUCCGUACGACCGGCGCGACGUGGACGCGCGCACGUACGUGUGCGCCGCGUGUUCGCCGGCGCCUGCGCCCGCGCCUCCCCCCGCGCCGCUGCCGCGCGCCUCCGCCACCGACAGCGAUUCCGACUACAGCAAGUAUUAUAGUUCAUUAGAGCAACUCGCCUUGCGGUUGUUAGCUUCGCGGUCGUCGAGGAAAGCGGCGAGUAGGGCGGCGGCGGCGGCACGUGAGACCAGCUCGGCGCCCGCGUCGCCGAGGCCGCGGGCGGCGCGGAGCCACCCCGACAGUCCUACGCCCGCAUCGCCCGCCCCGCGCUCGGCACCCCGUCGACAGCGGUACUCUUCCGCUUCACCUAUAAGGCAACUACUGAACUCGCCACUCCUAAAUCGAAGAAGAAACAAGAAGCCGUCCGAGAGUUCUGACGACGAAUACUCCACAGGUGGAGGCUAUAGCGAGGUCAACGGCCGGAAUUACAGAGAUCUCGAGAGCUUCCAGAAAGCACAACUUAGAAAUAAGCUAAAGCGUGCUGGCGGCAACUUGAGUGCAGCAACCUCUUCAAAUAGUAACAACGAUAAUCGCAGCAGUAGCUCCCGGCGUCAGCUAGUCAUGCACAACAAGGCGCCUAUGUGGAAUGAAAACAGCCAAGUCUAUCAACUUGACUUCGGAGGCCGAGUCACACAAGAGUCCGCCAAAAACUUCCAAAUUGAAUAUCAUGGGAAACAGGGACGCAUAGACACCAACACAGCUGAAGCAAAUGACAGUACAAAUAUAAUUAAAAAGUUAUAUUUUCAGGUAAUGCAGUUCGGCCGAAUCGAUGGCAACGCUUACACAUUGGACUUCCAGUAUCCAUUCUCUGCACUGCAGGCAUUUGCUGUAGCCCUCGCUAACGUUACACAACGCCUAAAGUAA